AUGAUUAUUCAACAGUGUCAAUCAAGAAUAAUUUUUUGUCUUCCUCCUAAAAUUCCACAACCAUGUCCUCGAUUAACUCAAUUUACAGUGUUGGAAAAUGGUAUCAGAUUUGUUAUUGAUGAUAUUAAAUCUAUUCUUAGUUUUAUGUCGAGUUUAGUUAAAUUAAUCCUAAGUAUUCGUGAUACACCUGAUGCGACGAUAUUUAGCGAUGGUCAAAAUUUUGAAUCGAUAUUAAGUAAAUAUUUACCAUAUCUUCGUCAAUUUGAUUAUACAAUAACCUAUAGAAUUGAUGAUCAAAUGUUAAUAGAAGAUUUUCAUCAAUGGUCAAUCAAUUUUGUUUAUUAUAAAAAUGAAAAUUGUUGUAAAUGUAUAUAUACAUAUUUAUUCAUUAUCAUGGCCAUCAAAUAA